GUUCAGUUCUAUAUUGAGAAUUCGAAGACCUGCAUAAUAUUCUAUGUUAAUGUUAGAUAUUUCCUUCACAAAUCACAAUUUUGAAUAUAAUACGGUUUAAACUAUAGUGGCAACGGUGAACAUGCUUCUAUACAGGGCACCUAUUCAUUCUUCUAACGCAGCCUAUAUUUUAAAAGUCAACGACGUCAACACACAAAUUUGCGGGAAAACGGUGCAAUCGUAUAUAACUCAGUGAAGACGAUAAAUGUGAAAAUUAGUAUCGUUGUCUCCACCUCGUGAUAUCGUUUUAGUUUUUCCAUUAUAUUCCCAAGUUCUAUAAUUUCUGAAUUCAUCACAUUCAUUUUAUCAACGUUCGACAGGAGCACAACUUCAUCCGCACAGAAAUGUCCCCGAAACCAAAGAAGCUGUAUGUUUUUAAGAGAGAUGGACGCAAGGAGGAGGUUCAUUUGGACAAGAUUACUUCUAGGAUUCAGAAGCUUUGCUAUGGUCUCAAUAUGGACUUUGUUGAUCCGGUCGCAAUUACGCUGAAGGUGAUCAAUGGACUUUAUUCGGGUGUGACCACUCAGGAACUAGACAAUCUGGCAGCAGAGACGGCUGCUACAAUGACGACUGUCCAUGCGGACUAUGCUCUUCUUGCAGCUCGAAUAGCUGUAUCAAAUUUACACAAGGAAACGAAGAAACAAUUUUCCGAUGUAAUGAGCGAUCUGUACACGAUGGAGAACGAGUACCUCAAGAAAAAAUCGCCAAUGCUCUCGGACUUUCACCAUAAAGUCAUUGUGGAAAACGCCGGCCGGCUUAAUUCCGCCAUUAUCUACGAUCGGGACUUCGGGUAUAACUACUUCGGUUUCAAAACCCUCGAACGAUCCUAUCUGCUCAGAAUCAAGGGAAAGAUAGUGGAGCGUCCGCAGCACAUGCUGAUGCGGGUGGCUGUCGGAAUACAUGGCGAAGACAUUGAGGCGGUAAUCGAAACGUAUAAUUUGCUGUCGGAAAGAUACUUCACACACGCUUCCCCAACGUUGUUUGCCGCUGCCACACGCAAACCGCAGUUGUCCUCGUGCUUCCUGUUGACCAUGAGUGAGGAUAGCAUCGAAGGUAUUUAUGACACGUUGAAACAAUGUGCGCUGAUUUCGAAAUCGGCUGGGGGAAUCGGUUUGAAUGUGCAUUGUAUUCGAGCGAAGGGAACCUAUAUUGCUGGCACGAACGGUGUUUCCAAUGGGCUCGUACCAAUGCUGAGGGUGUAUAACAAUACGGCUAGGUAUUGCGAUCAGGGCGGUAACAAGAGACCGGGAGCAUUCGCCAUAUAUCUUGAACCGUGGCACGGAGAUAUAUUUGAAUUUUUGGAUUUGAAGAAAAACACUGGAAAGGAGGAGAUUCGUGCCAGAGAUAUGUUCUACGCUCUGUGGAUUCCGGAUCUGUUCAUGCGGCGUGUUGAAGCGAACGAGGAAUGGAGUCUGAUGUGCCCCCACGAGUGUCCUGGAUUGGACGAAGUGUGGGGUGAUGAGUUUGAGAAACUGUACACAUCGUACGAAGAAGCGGGACGUUUUAUUCGCAAAGUCAGGGCUCAGGAGUUGUGGUUCGCUAUUAUCGAGUCACAAGUUGAAACUGGAGUUCCUUAUAUGUUGUACAAAGAUGCUUGUAAUAGAAAAAGUAAUCAGCAAAACGUCGGUACCAUAAAGUGUUCUAAUCUGUGCACCGAAAUCGUGCAGUACUCAUCCAAAGAUGAAAUUGCCGUGUGCAAUUUAGCUUCAAUCGCGCUUAACAUGUUCGUGAAAGCUGACAAAACAUACGAUUUUCACAAGCUGAAAGAAGUCGUGAAGGUAGUCACAAGAAACUUGAAUAAAAUCAUCGAUGUCAAUUACUAUCCCGUCCCGGAAGCUGAAAGGUCGAACAAGCGACACAGACCGAUUGGAAUCGGUGUUCAAGGAAUGGCCGAUGCAUUUAUUCUGAUGCGAUAUCCAUAUGAAAGCGAAGAGGCCCAAAAGUUGAAUCAACAGAUAUUUGAAACCAUAUAUUACGGCGCUUUGGAAGCUAGCUGCGAAUUGGCUGAAAAGAAUGGACCUUACGAAACGUAUGAAGCUAGUCCUGUCAGCAAAGGGAUUCUGCAAUAUGACAUGUGGGACAAAGCGCCAUCCGAAUUGUGGGAUUGGACUGCUUUAAAGCAGAAGAUUGCGAAGUUUGGUGUUCGAAACUCUUUGUUAGUGGCGCCAAUGCCUACGGCCUCAACUGCCCAAAUACUUGGAAACAAUGAAUCGUUCGAAGCGUAUACCUCCAAUGUCUACAACCGACGUGUUUUGUCCGGUGAAUUUCAAGUUGUGAAUCACCAUCUUCUCAAAGACCUAACUGAGCUGGACCUUUGGGACGAGGACAUGAAAAAUACCAUCAUCGCAAACAAUGGAUCUAUACAGCAUAUUGAGGAGAUUCCACAAAACAUUCGUGACCUCUACAAAACCGUGUGGGAGAUCUCGGUGAAGACAUCCAUCAACAUGGCAGCCGAUCGGGGUGCCUUCAUAGACCAAUCCCAGUCCUUUAACAUUCACGUAGCGGAGCCCAAUUACGGGAAAUUGACGUCGAUUCACUUCUACGGUUGGAAGAUGGGACUCAAGACUGGAAUGUAUUAUUUGCGGACGAAGCCUGCUGCCAAUGCGAUACAAUUCACCGUUGAUAAGAGCAAGUUGGCGACGAGAAACCGGUUGAAUGGUAGUCCAGCUUCCUCCAGCUUGAACGAGUCUAUGAGGGAGGACCAAGCUAAUACAUCACUACGAAUGUAUGAUUCAAGCGCUGAUAGCAGCCGAAAAAUGGCCGAGAUGGUGUGUUCGCUUGAAAAUAAGGAUGAUUGUAUGAUGUGUGGAUCGUAAAGUUAUUGUUUAGGUAACCUGUUAAUGUUAUGUUUCACUUGUACAUAUUAUAACUAUCUAUAGCCGAUAUUAAUUCACAACGUUUAUUCUGAUUAUUCUAAUAAAUAACUUUUUUGUGAGUGUUGAUUA